CUAUAAAGAAAAGAAAUAGAAAUUUUUAAGUACAUAAUUAAAUCUGUUGACAAAAAUUUAUAAAGCUUAAGAAUAAUAUACAAGAUAAUUAUAAAACCAAAAGAAGAUUCAAUAUGAUCAUAUUAACAAAGAAAUCUCGAAUUACAGCAUCUAUAAAUAUUAUAAGAAAUUUGAUCCAUAGCAAUGCUGAAACGGUGAAUGAUUAUGAAGUGGAUCAUCAUUCUAAUAUGAAAGAAUACUGGUGGGAAAAAACCGGACCUUUAAAAGCGUUACAUUCGUUAAAUCCACUUAGGGUGUCAUUUUUAAUCAAUGGCUUGUCAAAUACUAAAAGUAUUCAUUCUUCAAAUAUAAAUACACGUAAUAGUUUGAAAAAUUUAAAAAUACUUGAUGUAGGUUGUGGCGGAGGAAUUUUGACAGAAGCUUUAGCUCGUCUUGAGGGCAGUGUUACUGGAAUAGAUCCCAGUAAAGAAUUGAUUGAAAUUGCCAAAAGUCAUUCUGUUUUUCUCAAGAAUAAACACCUUACGUACUUGAACGAACCCAUUGAAGAUCACGUCAAAUCUAACGAAGGGAAGUACGAUGCUGUUAUAACAUCAGAAGUUAUAGAACAUAUAUCGAACAAACAAACUUUUUUAACAAAUUGUGUUGAAUGUUUAAAACCAGGAGGGUCAAUUUUUUUGACUACACCAAAUAAAACCUUUGCAUCAUGGUUGGGCGUUGUAGUUCUAGCUGAGCAUUUAGGUUUUAUACCUAAAGGAACUCAUCAAUGGGAAAAAUUCAUUCGUCCGCACGAACUGCAAUCUAUUUUGGAAAUUGGCUGCAAAUGUGAUACCAUUACAAUAAAUGGAUUGAGCUACAACCCGCUAACAAAUAAUUGGAGCUGGUCAGAUUCGACUGAUAUUUCAUAUGCAUUACACGCGGUUAAAUACGUUUAAUAUAUAAUACAAAAAUAUUUAUGUGUUUGAUUUAUAAACAAAGACAUUUAAUUUAAACGUUUCUAUGGAUUAUGUUUAUAAUUUUAAUAAUGUUGAAUAAAAAACAACUAUUUAGUUGGAAAAUAUAAAGUUUAA